AACAGUGACAUUUUUGGCGACAUAUUGUAGUUUUAAUAUCUUAGUAAUUUUACAACAUGAAUAAAAAUAGGAUUAUGAGCGUGGCAGAGGGCCCCUGGGGCAGAGCGACUAUUUAUUCAAAUGAACCAAUAGAAGAAAAUAACACCCAGAAAGUCAAGGCACAGGAACCAGAGAGGCCGAUAACAUUUCUCAUGGAAAAGAAACAUUCAGAGACAUCGCAGGAGACUGUCGUUUCUUGUUACAAGUUUCAAAAUAUCUCAAUUAAGAGCUCUAUGACCAGUACUGACGAUAUUUAUCGAUUACCCAACUUCGAGGCGUCGUUAUUUGCUACUGUCUUCGAGGACACCAUCACAGAGUUGCGGAUAUUAGUUGAGUGCAACACAGAGAUGCGCAUAAGCAAGCUACAGUCGGACAUGGGGUUACUGCUGGCGAUAAAGUUUGGUGUGAAGCAGCCCUUGUUCAAAGAUGUCCUGGACGGCAUCGACCCUAAACACUUGGACUGUAACGAAUACAAGCUCAACAAGCUGGAUGCAGACAGGAAUUAUCUAGCGGAAGUGCUACAGACCUCGUACACGGACUUAGCGCUGAACAAGUCCUACGGAAUCCUCGCCGAGCAUGUGAAGAAGAUCGUGGACCGGGACAACUACCGCGCAGAACUCCAGGAGGCUGAGGCUAGGCAUAGAAUACUUCGACGAGACACGAACCGACAACUGCGACAACAGCGGAACCACAUCAAGUCCGUCACUUACGAUACUAACGCUAUCAUCGACGAUCUGCGCACACAAGUGGAGGAUUUCACUUUAAACGCCGAGACGUGCACACGCUACGUCAACAACUGGGAGCGCGCGCGCACCGAACAGCAUCUCCAGACGAUCUACGACUCCGAGUAUACGCCAUCACAGGUGGUUGAGUACUUCAAGCAACGCACUGAUAACGAGCAGCGUGUGCAUACUGAGGUGGAGCUACUCAUCAACAUCGCUAUUAACGAAACAUUGGAAGAAGUCGAAAGGUGGAUGGAAAAAUAUGACAAGGACAUGGAAAAAAUCGAUUUGAAAAUACAAAUAAAGAAGAAUGACUACCAAAACGCACGUGACGAGAGAAUGGCAUUGGAGGACACGAUCGAAAAGCACGACAAACUCAUGAAAGACUGGAUCCACUUCAAGGAUGAGCGCGAGAAGGAGCGCCAGUACCGCGAGACCAUGAACAAAUCGGCUAUCACCGUGCAAGCUUGGUGGCGCGGCUUGCUCGUCCGAAGGCAACUCGGGCCGUACAAGCCACCGAAGAAGCCACCCCCGAAAAAGAAGUAGCAAGUCUUUAGCUAAUAAAAUUGUUUUUGAAGGGAUUAUUCAA